AUGUGGCAUGGAGUCGUUCUGCCCGAACUUGUUCCCCAUACCCGACCACUUCCCGAGCCCCGAAUCUGCACUCCAUCCGGCCGAACGUCCCGGUCAAUUCCUCCCCCUUUGCCCCCAAUCCGGCAGUCCGGGCCCUCGUCUCGAGGUCAACGCCCACCGUCCCCCGGAACCAUCAAGGUGCCCGUGCGGCCCGGUGUCUCCACUAUUCUCCUUCUCUCCGAGGCCAUCGCCGAAACCGUCGGACUUAGGAAUUCUGGAGAAUGGGACGGGACUGGCAGGGAGGCACGCGACGAAGCCCAUCCAGUCUCCUUUCUUAAAAGCAUCAAUCCCCGAACAUCUUCACGUGGGCGUAUGCUCUCCGAUAUUUUUCUUUCUUCCUCGUCAUCCCGUGAAGGCUGCCGGGAAUUUCCGCCAUCAACCUUCCUACAGCAAAACAUGUGGUGGCUGCUAACAAGUUGGAUGCCACAACCGCCUCGGCCAAUUACGGCCUUCUAG